UAAGUGAGUUUCAAGGGGAAGAGAAAGCAACCAAAACGAUAUGUGAAGCAUUGUAUAUAAUAAGCAUAGGAACAAAUGAUUUUAUAGAGAACUACCUCACUAUUCCCAUACGGUCGUUACAGUUCAACAUGGAGGAGUUCCAGAAUUUUCUCACCGAAAAUGCCAGCAGGUUCAUUAAGGAUCUUGGAAGUUUGGGUGCCCGAAAAAUAUCAAUAAGUGGGUCAUUUCCCAUGGGGUGUUUGCCAAUAGUAAGAACUCUGAAUGUUCUGGUAGGAAGAGCAUGUUUGCAUCCCUAUAACAAAGUGGCUAGGGAUUUUAAUAUAAAGCUAAUGAAGUUAGUCGCAGACUUGAGACAAGAAGUUGAUGGGAUCCGAGUGGUGUAUGCAGAUGCUUAUAGUCCUGUGAUCCAAAUGAUUCAAACACCUUCCUUAUAUGGAUUCGAGGUGGUGAAAAAUGGAUGUUGUGGGACGGGAACGGUCGAGAUAAACCAACUGUGCAUGUUGGCAGUGUCAUUAUGUAAAGAUCCCACAAAAUACAUGUAUUGGGAUGCAAUACAUUUCACAGAAACGGCAAAUAAGCUAUUUGCCAAUAACAUACUGAACACAGGCCUAGCUAAGUUAAUCUGAGAUUCUGAAUCCCCCUGUCAUUAAACCAAUCCUGAAAAUGUACUAAUGCUACCAUAAUGAUGUACCUUCACGAGCAAAAUAGACG